AUGCCUAUUGCUGUCAUCGGCAUCGCAGUAAGGGCAGGGGCUGCGUCAACAGCGGAUGAGUUUUUCGAGAUGAUUUCUAGGGGUAGAAGCUCAUGGUCACCUGAAAUACCCCCAGAAAGAUUCAACAAUGCAAGCUUUUACCAUCCGAAUGCAGGAAAGUUGGGCAGCGUCAACACCAAUGGAGGCUCCUUCAUACAACAAGACAUCACCAAGUUCGACGCCCCCUUCUUCAGCAUCACGGAACUAGAAGCAACGUCCAUGGACCCACAACAACGUAUCCUUCUAGAAUGCGCAUACGAAGCCUUGGACAGUGCUGGUGUUCCCAAACAUGACACUGUUGGCAAGGAUUUUGGCGUCUUCAUCGGUGCAGGCUCACCAGAAUACGAGUUUGAUCUAUUUAGAGAUUCAGAGACUCAACCAAUGUUUCAAGCAACAGGAAAUCAUCUUGCUAUGCAAUCGAAUAAGAUCAGCCAUUUCUUCGACUGGCGAGGUCCAAGUGUCACCAUGGAUACAGCGUGUUCUUCCUCGUUGACUGCAGUGCAUUUUGGAUGCCAAAGUUUACGAAACCGCGAGUCUAGUGUCGUUCUGGUAGGAGGGUGCAACCUCAACAUCAUACCUGAGUAUUUCAUCAAUUAUUCUACAUCUAGACUCUUGGGUGAUAGUGGAAAGUGCUUUUCGUUCGAUGCUCGUGGGACUGGAUAUGGCCGAGGCGAAGGCUGUGGCAUGCUUCUGCUCAAGCCAUUAGAUCAAGCAUUGAGGGACAACGAUUGUGUACGAGCAAUCGUUGCUGCCAGCGGCGUAAACCAAGAUGGUUACACUCCGGGUAUCACUAUGCCAAACGGGGAAUCCCAAGAAAAGCUGGUCCGCUCGAUAUACAAGAAUGCAGGUCUUGAUCCAACCUUCACUGGCUAUGUCGAAGCCCACGGCACAGGAACGAGAGUAGGUGACCCUAUCGAGGUAACUGCAUUACACAAUGUGUUCAAUGAAGGUCGAACCAAGAAGAACCCCCUCUUCCUCGGAUCCGUAAAGUCCAAUAUCGGCCAUUUGGAAUCAGCAUCUGGAAUCCUCGCAAUGAUCAAGACAACAGUAAUGCUAGAUAGGGGGUUCAUCCUGCCAAACUAUGAUUUCAAAGUCGGAAACCCUCGCAUACCAUUCGAUGACUGGGGUCUUAAGGUACCAGUCAGACAGCUGCCUUGGCCCCGUGGAAAACGAUUUGCCAGUGUCAACAACUUUGGAUUCGGUGGGACAAAUGCCCAUAUUGUAAUGGAAAGGCCGCCCAUGCGACAAAACCACAAUAAUGGCGCUGCUUCUUCGAAAGAAGCCCCUCGCAAACGUUUGUUUAUUCUUUCAGCAGCCGAUAAGGCAGCUUGCAUAUCAAUGAUGAGCAAUCUUGGAGUGUAUCUGGAACAGAGGCCAGAAAUGUUCCAAAGAGAUCUCAUGAGUAAAGUAGCCUAUACGUUAGGUCAACGCCGAUCACUUCUACCAUGGCGCGUAGCGAUACCUGCCAGUGAGUCUUUCGAACUGGUGGAAAGGAUUUCCAAUGGAACAAUCAAGCCCGUGAAAGAGACAGGCCACCCCAUUAGAGUUGGUUUUGUCUGCACAGGACAAGGAGCACAAUGGUGGGCAAUGGGGAAAGAACUCUACAGUAGCUAUCCCGUGUUCCAAGAAACGAUCGAUGUCGCAAGUCAAACGCUGCAGGGAAUCGGUGCGCAGUAUGAUCUGAUCGAAGAACUGAAUCUGGACGAGAAAACUACGCGCAUAAACCAGGCACACAUCAGUCAGCCAUCGUGUACGGCUAUACAAUUGGCAAUCAUAGAUCUACUUCGAUCUUGGGGAGUAACACCAGCUGCUGUAGUCGGCCACUCAUCUGGCGAGAUAGCAGCAGCUUACGCGGCCGGGAUCUUAUCAGUAGAAUCCGCAAUGAUCAUUGCCCAUCAUCGUGGUCGACUCAUCCCAGUCUUGAAGGAAAGACAUCCCUACCUCGAUGGUAGUAUGUUGGCUAUUGGCUGCGGAUAUGAAGAUGUCGAGGAUACUCUUUCAUCUAUCACCAACGGAAAAGCUCGAAUCGCAUGCUACAACAGCCCUCAGAGUCUGACUAUAUCUGGAGAUUCCUCGGCCAUAGCUGAAAUCCAACAGAAAAUGGAGGAAAAGCAGAUCUUCAAUCGAAAGUUAUUGAUUGAGACAGCUUACCACUCUCAUCACAUGGACCUGAUCGCUGAAGACUAUAUGAGCUCGAUCCAAAGUUUACCACAGCCUAAGUCUUCCGAUGUGCGUUUCUUCUCGUCUCUUACUGGGAAAGAGGCACUCCAUUCAGAUUUUGACUCUAGCUAUUGGGUUAGAAAUUUAACAAGUCCGGUACGAUUUGCACAAGCGUGCGCGAAGCUCGUUGCACCCACAGAGGAUUUCGCUACUGGCGUCGAUGUACUUGUUGAAAUCGGCCCUCACUCUGCCCUACAAGGCCCGGUGAAACAAAUUUUGAAAGCCGUCGGCGGUGCGACAGCAAAACUGUCAUACGCACCGACCCUUGUUCGCAAAAGGCACGCCGUUGAUACAAUGCUAGAACUAGCGUCGUCACUUUUCUGUAAAGGCAGCGAGUUAAACUUCGCAAAGAUCAACUUCCCAACAUCUUCAACCAUGCCAGGUCUUCUGGUGGACCUCCCCAAGUAUCCUUGGAAUCACUCUACCACCUAUUGGCAUGAAUCUCGAAUAUCUCAUACGCACAAGAAUCGGAAAUUUCCCCGGCAUGAUUUAUUAGGAUCAACUGCAAAUUAUUCGAAUGAAUUGGAACCAAUUUGGAGAAAUAUUGUACGGCUCGAUGAUAUUCCAUGGCUUAGGGAUCACAAGAUACAAGGUCUUACAAUAUUCCCCAUCUCUGCUUUUGUUGCCAUGAGCGUUGAGGCCGUUGCUCAAUUAGCAACAACAAGAGGCAUUGACGCUGAACAGAUCGACAUUUACGACCUCAAUGUUCAUACACCCUUGAUGAUGCCAGACGACCAAGUUGAAUUGACUACUUCCUUCCGCCCCUCCAAGGAAGGAUCCGAGAAGACUACGUAUUCCUUUAUCAUACACUCGCACUCGAACAGCAAAGGUUGGACAGAGAACUGUACUGGUACCAUCACCAUAAAGACGAAUGAGGUAGACGUACUGGAUACAGAGACUCGAUCUGGACACUCUCUUGCACGAUUGAAUGACAUGAUCGAACACACAAGGGAGGUGGACUCGUCAAUAGAGGGUACAAAUCUGUACGAUACGCUGUCCCAACUUGGUGUCACUUAUGGCCCUGCAUUUCAAGGCAUUGAAAACUGUUGCGCAACCGACCAAUGUGCAGCUGCAACAAUUACCGUUACGGACACAGCGUCGCAAAUGCCCGAGCGGACGGAAACAGGAAGUACGAUUCAUCCUUCCCUACUGGAGCAGCUCGUCCAAAUGUAUUGGCCAAUUCUCGGCGUUGGCCGCAGGACACUCAACACGAUUUGCCUGCCAUCAUCCAUUAAGAAGAUCACUGUCUAUCCAAAAGUCUUACGAUCAGUAAAGAACCCUGGGAAGAUCUUGCAGGCAUAUUGCACUUCACCGAUGCCACUGUCGACCGAAAGAACGAGCCAGGCUUCCAUGCUUGCAGUCACCGAGAAAGAAAUUGCAAUCUCGAUCGAAGAUCUGACCAUCGCCCCACUGCCGACCUCAGAUAUGGGCGAAACGGAAGAAACCGCUCGUGAUCUGUGUUUCAAGCAAAUUUGGGAACCCAUCUUGGAUGGCGUCAACAUAGAUUGUCACGGCCGACCAGUACUAAUAAUACAUGGCCAAACAAUGUCUCAAAAGACUCUCGCACUAUUUCUUGCAGCUUCUAUCCAGAGUCGAGGAGGGGCCAACGUCGAAAUGGGCCAACUAGAUCUGAUUGACCCUACGGGAAAAGUCUGCAUCUGCCUGACAGAACUCGAUCAUUCAAUUCUGUCGAACGUGACAGAGAAAACCUUGUCGUCAUUACAAAAACUGGUUCAAAACGCCCACUCACUUCUUUGGGUAACCCGUGGCGCGUACGGUCAAGCAAACGGGAAUCCUACCAGCAACAUGGUGUCUGGCUUCAGCCGAGCAAUACGAUCUGAGAGUAUGUUCAAGUUCGCGACUUUGGAUCUAGAUGCAGACCAACCGCUUGAUACCAUAAGCGCAACCACAGCCAUCAUCCAGGUUCUCUCCGCAGUGAUCGACGCGACAACAAUCGCGAACGUUGAGUUGGAAUUUCAAGAGCGAAAAGGUCGUUUCUGGACUCCCAGGAUCGUUAAAGAUGAAAUCGUCAAUGAUUACGUUCACAAGCAAUCUUAUCCUCCUGCCGUGGAGGAGACAACGUUUGGGGACCCACGUCGAGCACUGAAACUAGCUGAUCCUACUCCUAACUCACUUGACUCUCUACAUUUUGUGGACGACCCCUCGCUGACUCAAGAUUUACUAGCCAAUCAAGUGGAGAUUGAAGUGAAAUCAGUGGGAAUCAGUCUGAUGGAUGCACACAUCUAUAGUGGUCGCAUUAACAAUUCAAGCAUCGGACAAGAGUGCAGCGGCAUCGUACGCAGAGUCGGAAAGGACGUCCGAGACAUCGCGGUGGGGAAUAGAGUGGCCGCUGUUGCUACUGGAUCCGUCGCCACUUCCGUUCGAACCGACUCGUCAUUUGUGUUGAAGCUUCCCGACGACGUUUCCUUCCAGCAAGCAGCAAACCUACCGCUGGCUCAAUGCGUUGCACGGUACUCCUUGUUUGAUCUUGCCCACCUGGAUGAAAAUGACCUAAUUCUCAUAUUGAACGGAGCCGGAGCAACAGGUCAAGCAGCAAUUACACUUGCGCAAAACAUCGGAUCAACAAUCUUCGUGACCGUGUCGACGUCCAAGGACAAGGUCCUCUUAAGGGAUGCGUAUGGUCUUCCAGGAGAUCAUAUCCUCUCCAGCCAGGACGAUCAACUUUGGCACUCGAUUCGAAGAAUCUCAACAAACCGUCGCGUUGAUGUUGUACUUGGCAUAGAGAAUGAUCCGAAGUUGAUGCAGUCUGGGCUGGAAUGCCUCGCGAAGUUCGGCAGAUUUAUUCACGUUAAAUCCAGCGAUGCGCCUAAAAAGGCUCACGUCGAUUUGACUGCCCUAGACAGUAAUGCUGCGUUGUUGUCAUGUGACAUCCAUAGCAUCGCAAAAGAUAGACCGCGAGUGAUACAGCGUCUUAUCAGAGAGAUAUCUCGGUCCCUCCGACAGGGUAAAAUAUGCGAAACCCACGGAUCCGACGUAUCAUCCAUUUCCGUUAUGUCGCAGGCUCUCAAGCAAGUGCAGUCUUCAUCUACAGAGAGUAGGACCGUCAUCACAUUGAACAAUGAAGAUACCAUCAAAGCGACUCCCUCCAAGAGAGAAGACAAGCUGUUCAAGGAAGACGCGACGUACAUCCUGAUCGGUGGUACUGGCGGAUUAGGCAGAGGCAUGACAAGAUGGAUGGCGAAGAAGGGUGCCAAGAACAUCGUUCUUUUGUCACGUACGGGGUCCGUGACUGGUUCUGUGAAGAUCUUGGUAGACGACAUGAUGGCAGUAGGUGUGAAUGUCGUUGUACAGAGUUGCGAUGUCGCGAAGAGGGCGAGCGUAGAUUCGUUCAUGUGCAAGGGAUUGGUUGGGCUCCCACCCGUUCGUGGUAUCAUUCACGGUGCAAUGACGCUUCGCGACACUCUUUUCGACAAAAUGGUCCUCAAUGAUUGGAUAGACGUGAUCGAAUCGAAAGUGCAGGGCGUCUGGAACUUCCAUAAUGCCUUUCAAUCUGUCCCACUUGACUUCUUCAUUGUUUACUCCUCAUCCGCUGCCGCCAUGGGAGGCAGAGGCCAAGCUGCGUACGCCGCUGCGAAUUCAUUCCUCGAUGCCUUCGCGCAGUAUCGUCGCGCGCUUGGUAUGCCUUGUGCUUCCCUUGGUCCUACGGCGGUUAUGGAUGCCGGAUACAUAUUUGAGAAUGCCGAAAUGUGGAAAGACGUCCAGAGAAACAUUGGCGAUAACUACAUCUACGAGGCAGAAGUAUUCUCCUUAUUAGAGUCGAUUCUUGACGGCACUGCAUCACGGAGCUGCAACGACCACAUUAUUACCGGCGUCAGUCUUGAUCCAACGAAUUUACCAUUUUGGGCAACCGACGCCAAAUACAAACACUUGCGUCUAGAGGCCGAAGCCACCGCCGCGCUGUUGAACAACGGUGCUAAGACAGUUUCGUGGAAUGCAACAUUCAAAGCGGCGGCCACCGCAACCGAUGCCGAGCAGGUUGUAUGUAAUGGGCUUGUCGAAAAAAUAGCGAAGACUUUAGGCCUUGAUUUGGAAGAGGUAGAUCCGACUCGAAAUCUAUCGAGCUACUCCUUAGACUCUUUAACGGCAAUUGACGUGCGGAAUUUCAUCACUAGGGAGUUUGAGUCGGCUUUACAAGUACUUGAGUUGCUAGCUAGUGGUACAAUUGCGACGUUGGCUAAGAAUGUAUGUGCAAAGAGCAAGAUACAAAAAGCAUCGGCUUGAGGGGAAGGAUUGCUAUGUUGGUACUCCGGCGCAAUGUGGAUUUCAGGUGGGCAGGCGUAGUGGGUAAAAC